GAAUUCUGCACUCCUUGGCAUUCUUUACUUUUGAACACAUCACAAUCACCGGGAACCUCCACCUCUUCAGUCUUUUCUAGUCAGAAGAAACCAUGCAGGUCGCGGCUGGCUCGGACGGCAUUCAGAAGCUGCUUGCAGCGGAGGCUGAGGCCCAGCGCAUUGUCGGCGACGCUCGCAAGGCUAAGGCCGACCGCCUGCGCCAGGCUAAGGCUGAGGCCGAGAAAGAGAUUGGUGCUUACCGGGCUGAGCGCGAGGGCGCCUACCAGAAGAAGAUUGCCGAGGGAUCCACCGGCUCGCAAGCGACUUUCCAGCGGUUGCAGAGCGAGACCGGCCUGGCUGUGCAGAAGAUCCAGGCCGAUGUGAAGGCCAAGAAGGGCGAGGUCCUGGACAUGCUCAUGGGUUACGUCGGCGGCGUCAAGUUCUAAGCGGCCGAACUAGCGAGCUGGCGGAGUUCGGACAGCGAAGCUGCAUGCGCUGGAGCAUCGGCAGCGCACUGAGCAACUGCCACACCGUUGCGUGCGCGGUUUGGUUGGGGUUUCUGUACAGUGAAGGGGGCGUGUACUGCCCCCUCUCUGUCAUGAGAGUAUUUUGACGGUACACAUGACUUCGAUACACUUUUGACGCUUGACAACGGAGAGUGGGGUGUGAUAUUGACGUUCGGACGUGCGCUAGCCGUAUUGGCUAAACUGAGAGGGGAAAGGAGGACAUAUAGGCGGGUAGAUGGCUGGCAUGGUUUGGAGGGGUGAACUCGCCAUGGUGUUUGCCACGUAUGGCUCAUGCAAGGGGCGGAAGUCGACAAGGGCAACUUUCGCUCCCUUUCAAAUGUAAACGAUAUCCAUA